CGCUGAACCUGUGUGCACCUUGCUGCAACAGGUAGCAUCAUGCAAAGCUGGAAACAUUUAGCACUUCAAGCAGCACCGUGGAACGAUAAACAGACGGAUAGCAGAGAUUCACGCUUUGCCCUGGCACUUGUGACUCAACACCUCAAACAGGAAAUCAAAACUCUGAGACUGCUGGAAAUCAGAAACAGAAAAUGGUGAAAACACUCAGCGAGCGUGGCAGCAACUGAGUGAGUGCGAUUGCUCUGCUGUAUGGUCAGCGAGCUGAAGGGAUAACUGACGUUGCCAGCAGGGGUACUGCAGGUUCAUGCUCAGGGAGCAGGGAGCUCGCUGGCAGGGGGAGGCGCUGCUGCUGACGUGCGGAACACAGCCUGAAGUGCAAGGCAAGAGCUGGGAGCUUCUUUAGUCUGAGCCCGGUCACCGGGACUCUCCGGCUGCGGUCCGAGCCUGCUCACCGGGACCCUCUGGAGCGGCAGGUACCAAGCAAUUCCUUUGCACCUUUUCGGGCUCCAUUCUCCUGGUUUCUGGGAUUUCAUUUCUUUCGUGCCAGUUAUCUCCUUCAGCCUGGAAAGAGUUGAAAGUCAUCUGAAAGCAGCACUAGUCUUGAUGGGAAAACAGCUUCAUCUAUAAAACCAUGAAUUGCAAAAAGAUAUCAAGUAUGUGUUCACACUUUCACAGGCAUAGUGUGCAAAUUAGUUAAAAAUAUUUAUAUGCAAUCUGAAACACAAUACAGUAAACAAAAACUGGCUGGCCUCUUUUUUUCCUUUUUGAAAGCUAGUUCAUCAGUAACAUUUUAAACUGAGACACACACACAGGCUGGAAACAGAAGACAGUAACUGAGGUAAAUUUUCAUUAUUACUUAACACCCAGUCAGUCCCAUUUGAGCUAAAGGUGUUCUGAAUUACUUUUGUACAUAUUAGUACAGUCAUCAACUAUGUUCUGUCAACAUGAUAACUGUUGUUAUAAACUGUCAAGAAAGAUCAGCGGCUGUACGUUUGCGACAGGAUGAAGAAAAUGACGAUACAAAUAACUUUCCCCAGAACAUGGUUGAAUGCUUAAUGAAGCAGAAGCGCAUAAAUGGAAAUAUGGAAAUCUCUGUUCCUUUCGAUGAUUGUGGAUUAAAUGUCAGAAAUCCUUGUGUGAACCAAAAUUGUAUGGAGGAACAGGAUCUUUGCAAAGUUCUCGAAAACCAAGGAGACACCACAACUAUACUGGCCACAGAAAAAGCUUUCAGUUCAGAAGCGUUGGAUCCUAAUGAUUCAACUAAUGACAGCACAAUAGGAUGUAUGAGGGAUCCUAUUAGCAACAGGAAACAUAUCUUAAAUGGAGCUAAUUUAAUGAGGAUGAAAAAGGAUAUGUUGCUUAAUGCCUCAACAAGUAAAACAUUGUGCAUGGCGAAAGAUGAAGAAAACAAUGAAUUAUGGAGUGACUUUGCAGGUUACGGUCAGACAUCUCUUGUACAACAGCAGUUUUUUGGUACUCUUCAUGAACUGCCUUUGAGGGAAGAUAGUUCUGCUGAAAAGAGUUUCCAGUGUCACAGCUCCAAAAUUCCAAAUGACAACUUUGCAAAUCAUCACUUUCCAACCCAUCACCACAACCCUACAAAUUACAAACAUGAUAAUGAAUUGCAAACCUCUGCUUCUGUUAUCAAUGCCUCUGCUCCACAGUGCAGCAUGUUAAAAUUAAACUCUUCUGUGAAUGCUGAGGAAGAUUUACUUAGAUACAGCAAUCUGGACCAACCUGCAGUUUUUGUGAAUAACAAUUUUGCAGAUUCUGCAAUAAAUUGGACAUUUGGAAGUAAUGGCCAAUUAGUUAACGACACACUUCAGACUCUUAAUUGGAAUGAAACUGAAUUUUCAGGCCUUGGAUCACCUGGAGAAUUGUGCCCUGUCAACCCUCCAUUUUCAGAAAACCAGGCAAUCCUCUCUGCAAGUUCAGCUCUGAAGGCUGAUACAAGGAACCACUUGAUAAACAUUCUUCAGAAUUCCUUCCCAUCUGAACCGAUUAAACAUUCCUUUGAAGACAUCCCAACACUUGAGAAGCUUCUCGAGGUGAAUGGCAAAGAAUGUGAUGCUAAUAAAGCAAAGACCAGCCCUGAAUUUCCAACGAUGUGGGAAGACAUUCAAGAUUUAAAUAGCUUGUCCUUAAGAUCUAGCUGGAAUGUAUCUCACAGUCGAGAGAAGCUCUUCUCUACACUUGGAAUUGAUCAAAAUCAAAAGGACGUUGGACAAAGCAAGCUCCAGUUUCUGGAGGAGACAGUGGCCUGCGGUUCAGAUCUAGAGAGGACCAGUGCAUUACCAGAAGUUGCUACGGUCCCUGAAAAUGGCAACAGAGCACUAAUCCAAACCAGGAUCCCUGCUACCCCUCCUCCAAGAACCAGCCGAAGUUUUACUCAUCGUGUUGAGACUGUAGUUAUCCAGUGGUUACAGAUGAAUGGAAACAGAGUCAGAGAGGUGCCAAGGGUCAGGAAAAAGUCAUUGUUUCUUUAAUACAAAAUUAAAAAUGUUAACAUUUUAUAUUUACCCUCCACUUUUUCACUAACACCAACUUGUUUCAAACUGUCCAUCCAAAUGUUUGACUUCUAUGUUAUGAUCAUUUCACACUAUAUAUAAAUUCAGAAUGUUUAGUACAUCUGAAUUUAUUGCAAUUUGGUUACAGCAUGAGAACUAAAACAAAUAUAAUUUAACAGUUUGACUAAAGUUACAUUUAAUUGUUUAAAGAAACUUUUAUUCUCUGGACAAGGAUGUCAUUUGCAUAGCUUCUGUUAGCCAUCCAUCCCUUGCUGCUCUGAGAAGGUGGUAGAGCCUUCCGACAACCACAGAAGCAGUUUUAUGCUGCUGACCAAUUGACAAGUAGCUGACUUGUCAACAUUAGUGUGUGAUUGGAGUUGUACACAAGUCAGCUUUCCUUCCCUAAAGGAUAUGGGUGAAUUGACUGAAAAUCAGACAACAGAAUGGUUGCUUUAUUGAUAUUUAUUUCCAAAUAUUUAAAAGCUGUAUUUGAAUUCUCAGCUACUGUGGUAGCAUUUGAGCUCCUACCUGCUGAAUUGACAGUACAGUUUCUGUAUUGUAGUUCAGUAACAGCCAAUACACUCCUGUAAACCCAUGAUGUUUUGGGCGUUCAUUUAAUUUGUGUCUACUUCGCUACAAUUGUAAUGUGGAUAUUGUAUGUGAUAUACUUUAUCAAUGCAGAAUCAUAUCACUCAGGAGAAUACCCAGCACAAUAAAGCUGAGGUGUGAGGCCCUUUCUAAGGAAGGUUACUGUUCAAGGGUUUGAGCUUUGCAGUAUGUGAUGUAACUGUAGCCUUAAUGGACCAAAGUACAGUUGCAUUCUUUUAUCAACAUCAACUUUAUUUAGCUACAUCAAAAUAUAGGAAAUUCAAGCAGUGAGUACUUGUAGAUAUUUCCUAUAUUUCUGUUUGUACUGAUGAAAAAAAAAUCUGUAAUCGCAAUUGCCAUGUGAAGUCACUUGGUGCAAUAGAAAUAAAAUCAGAAGUGGUAAUGUAGAUUUCAUUGUGUCAUAAAUAAGUUUCAUUUAUAUUGUAUUGCUCACACACUCUCACACACACACACACACACACACACACACACACACACACACAGACACACACACAGACACACACACACACACACACACACACACACACACACACACUCUCACUCUCACACUCUCCUUCCUGUUGAUGAAUGCCACAGUGUUACAAUGUGGCCCGUUCAGGGCCACAUGCAGUUCAUGGCAACCUACACCAAAUUAUGUUUCCAAAUCUUACUGCUCAGGCUGCAGAGCCGACCCAGUCCCUUGGCAAAUAAAAUGCCCCAGUGUGACUUUGUGGAGGUGGCAUUGGUCAUUGUCCUGCAUUGACCUUUGUGUCUCAAAGAUUUUUUUAAUAUACUUAAGAAAACAGACAAAUUGAACUAUAAAAAAUUCUUUGAUGUACA